AUGCGUAAACGAUACGUUCCUCCACAUUUCCACCGAGAACUUCAGCGUAAGUAUAGGCGAAUCUCACAAGGUGCUAAGACGGUGGAAGAAUUCUUUGAAGAAUUCGAGCACCUUAGGAGUCGGUUGGAAUUAGAUGAGGAUGAGGAGGCGGUGAUGGCCCAAUUUCUUGAUGGACUUAAUGAGCGUAUUGCUCGGAAGGUCGAGCGCCAUCCAUACCGUGAUCUCCAUGAGCUUCUGCACUUAGCCGUGCAAAUUGAAAAACAAAACCAGAGGAAACAAACCCGGCUAAGUAAAUUCAAAAACCCUCCUAGUCUCUCCUCGCCCAUAGCCAAAACACCGGCCAUAACCCGAAAGGAACCCUCUGAGAACCGUAGCAACCGUGAUUACCGGGAGAAAGGAAAAUCCCCCGAGACAUCGCAAACCAAACCCACCCAUGACGCUCCUCGUGACACUAGAACUAGAGAGAUUAUGUGUUAUAAGUGUCGGGGUCGGGGACAUAUGGCUCGUGAUUGUCCAAACUCCCGAGUAAUGAUCAUCACCGAUAAGGGAGAAUACGAGUCUCUAGACGAGGAAGAGGCGGAUGAUCUCGAGGAAGAGAUCGAAUAUCCCGACAGUGGGGAACUCUUAGUUACCCGACGAGUUCUUAGUACUAUGGUAAACCCGGACGAGACCGCACAACGAGAGACAAUAUUCCAUACUCGUUGCACCAUCCAAGGAAAGGUUUGCGGGUUGAUAAUCGACAGUGGUUCAUGCACCAAUGUGGCUAGCGCCUACAUGGUGAAGAAAUUAGGACUUACGCCCGAAAAACAUCUGCACCCCUAUAAGCUACAAUGGUUGAAUAACCAAGGGGAAAUCAAAGUGAGCGAGAGAGUAAAAAUUCCUUUUAGCAUCGGACGUUACCACGAUGAGGUUGUGUGUGAUGUCGUUCCCAUGCAAGCGGGGCACAUGCUACUAGGACGACCCUGGCAAUUUGACCGAGAGGUCAUGCACGACGGACGAGCCAACCAGUACACUCUUAUACACAACAAGAAGAAAAUUGUGCUCGCUCCUUUAACGCCAUCUCAAGUACACGAGAUGCAGCUGCGACUCGCCAAGGAAACCGAAGUGAAAAAGGAAAAUUUCUACAUGCGGUCUAGUCAAGUCGAGAAGGCCCUUAGGCAAGAGUGUCCUUCGGUGAUCCUGAUGGUCUUUAAAGACCAAAUCACACUCCGAACUGAUUCCUCUCACGAGAAUUCAGCCAUAUCCCGGCUUCUUGAUCAGUUCCAGGAUGUUUUUCCCGAGGAUAUCCCAGCAGGACUCCCUCCGAUCCGCGGUAUUGAGCACCAAAUCGAUCUAGUACCCGGUGCGCCGCUACCUAACCGCCCAGCCUACCGUAUGAACCCCGAGGAAACAAAAGAGCUCGAGAAGCAGAAAGACGGGACGUGGCGGAUGUGCGUAGACUGCCGUGCAAUAAACAACAUCACGGUCAAGUAUCGCCAUCCAAUUCCCCGCCUUGAUGAUAUGCUCGACGAGCUUAGUGGAGCCACGAUCUUCUCAAAGAUCGACUUGAAAAGUGGCUAUCAUCAAGUCCGAAUGAAAGAAGGCGACGAAUGGAAAACCGCCUUCAAGACGAAACAAGGACUCUAUGAGUGGCUUGUAAUGCCAUUCGGGCUCACUAACGCCCCGAGUACUUUCAUGAGGCUCAUGAAUCACAUUUUGAGAGCCUUCAUUGGAAAAUUCGUGGUCGUGUACUUUGACGACAUCCUCGUAUACAGUCGAACCGCGGUAGACCACGUGACUCACUUGGAACAAGUCCUAACCACCUUGCGGAGAGAAAGCCUUUACGCCAAUUUGAAGAAAUGCUCGUUCUGCACUAACGAGAUCGUCUUCCUAGGCUUCGUGGUUAGCUCUAGUGGACUUAGGGUCGAUGAGGAAAAGAUCAAAGCCAUAACGGAAUGGCCGACCCCUACCACUGUUGGACACGUGCGUAGUUUCCACGGCUUAGCUAGCUUUUACCGUCGUUUCGUGCGGGAUUUUAGUAGCAUAGCCGCUCCCCUUACUGCGGUCAUCAAGAAGGACGUACCCUUGGAGUGGGGAGAUACACAAGAGCGCGCCUUUGCUGCGCUCAAGGACAGCCUUACACAUGCUCCCGUCUUGGUUCUCCCGAACUUUGACAAGAUAUUUGAGGUCGAGUGUGACGCAUCCGGAAUUGGCAUAGGAGCCGUCCUUAUGCAAGAAAAGAAACCCGUAGCUUUCUUUAGUGAAAAGUUAAGCGGGGCUGCGCUCAAUUACCCGACCUAUGACAAGGAGCUAUAUGCACUUGUACGAGCUCUAGAGACUUGGCAACAUUACUUGUUGGCCAAAGAAUUCGUAGUGCAUUCGGAUCAUGAGACGCUAAAGCAUCUCAAGGGCCAAACCACUCUUAAGCGUCGGCACGCUAAGUGGUUAGAGUUUAUUGAAACAUUCCCGUACAUUAUCAAGUACAAGAAAGGAAAGGAGAAUGUUGUGGCCGAUGCUUUGUCUCGCCGACACACAUUGAUCUCGGUCAUGGAAACGAGAUUGUUCGGUUUUGAGCACGUGAAGGCACGGUAUGAGGAUGACCGUGACUUCGGAACCCUCGUAGAAGAAUGUAAGAAAGGUGGUUUCGGUCCCUAUUACUUGCAUGAUGGGUAUCUUUUCCGAGAUAGACGUCUAUGUAUUCCUCAAGGAUCUUUACGAGAUGUCAUACUCCGAGAAGCUCAUGGAGGAGCUCUCGCUGGUCACUUCGGAGUAGACAAGACGUUGGCUGCUGUACAAGAACAUUUCUUUUGGCCACAUCUUAAGCGAGAUGUACGGAGGUUUUGCGCCAAAUGCGUCGAAUGCCAUCGAGCAAAAUCAAAGGUGCAACCUCACGGACUGUACAUGCCCCUACCGAUCCCUACGCAGCCUUGGGUCGACAUAUCCAUGGACUUCGUUCUUGGACUACCCAAGAUCCAACACAAGGAUUCUAUCUUUGUCGUUGUUGAUCGGGUUUCAAAGAUGGCUCAUUUCGUGCCUUGUGCCAAGACGGACGAUGCUAAAAACAUCGCCAAUCUAUUCUUUCGAGAGAUAGUCCGUCUUCACGGUACAAACAUUUCGAGGGCGAAAUCUUCUCAAGAGGGGGAAAAUGAUGAGGACAUCACCAAGGACAAGGAACAUGAAGACGCGGAGCUUAUUGCUCAGCAACGUUUUGAACCAGCCUACCGUAUGAACCCCGAGGAAACAAAAGAGCUCGAGAAGCAGGUUCGAGAGCUGAUGGAUAAGGGGUACAUUAGGGAGAGUUUGAGUCCAUGCGUUGUUCCGGUACUUCUAGUACCGAAGAAAGACGGGACUUGGCGGGUGUGCGUCGAUUGUCGUGCGAUAAACAACAUCACGGUCAAAUAUCGCCAUCCAAUUCCCCGCCUUGAUGAUAUGCUCGAUGAGUUUAGUGCAGCCACGAUCUUUUCAAAGAUCGACUUAAAAACCGGCUAUCAUCAAGUUCGAGUGAAAGAAGGCGAUGAAUGGAAAACCGCCUUCAAAACAAAACAAGGGCUCUAUGAGUGGCUUGUAAUGCCUUUCGGGCUCACUAACGCCCCGAGUACCUUCAUGAGGCUCAUGAACCACAUUUUGAGACCCUUCAUAGGGAAGUUCGUGGUCGUAUAUUUUGACGACAUCCUCGUGUACAGUCGAACCGAGGAAGACCACGUGACUCACUUGGAACGAGUCCUAACCACUUUGCGGAAAGAAAGCCUUUACGCCAAUUUGAAGAAAUGCUCGUUCUACACUAACGAGAUCGUCUUCCUAGGAUUCGUGGUUAGUUCUAUUGGGCUUAGGGUCGAUGAGGAAAAGAUCAAAGCCAUAACGGAAUGGUCGACCCCUACCACUGUUGGACACGUGCGUAGUUUCCACGGCUUAGCUAGCUUUUACCGUCGCUUCGUGCGGGACUUUAGUAGCAUAGCCGCUCCCCUUACUGCGGUCAUCAAGAAGGACGUACCCUUCGAGUGGGGAGAUACACAAGAGCGCGCCUUUGCUGCGCUCAAGGACAGCCUUACACAUGCUCCCAUCUUGGUUCUCCCGAACAUUGACAAGACAUUUCAGGUCGAGUGCGACGCAUCCGGGAUUGGCAUAGGAGCCGUCCUUAUGCAAGAAAAGAAACCCGUAGCUUUCUUUAGUGAAAAGCUAAGCGGGGCCGCGCUCAAUUACCCGACCUAUGACAAGGAGCUGUAUGCACUUGUACGAGCUCUAGAGACUUGGCAACAUUACUUGUUGGCCAAGGAAUUCGUAGUGCAUUCGGAUCAUGAGACGCUAAAGCAUCUCAAGGGCCAAACCACUCUUAAGCGUCGGCCUCAAGGGUCAAACCACUCUUAA